UUGGUAAGUAAAUACCCAGAAGAAGAGCUGGAACAAAACACGGAAGAACGUUACGCUAGCUGGUUAGCUAAAGCUGUAGUAAUAAACGUAACUAUUUUGUUUACGUUAACUAGGCGAAUUUGGCUAGGAUCUACAGCUGGUAAUUAAUAUGAACUGAAAAAAGAAAUGGCUGUUGUUUUUACAGACAAUGUUUAGCAAGUCGUAUCAGCUUCUCCCUCAGAGGGACCCAAGAAGUACGAGGAGUCCUGGCUUGUUUGUCGAUCAUGAUGGCUUUACCGAGCCCGGCUACCAUAAAGGACUUUCUUUUGACAACAUGCCCAACGUCUCUGAAAAUGACUUCACUGAUACCUCCCAAGGAUGGCUGUCCUGGUUUUGCAAUCUGAUUGUCAUCUCCCUUGUCUACAUCUGCACCUUUAUAACAUUUCCUAUAACAGGAUGGUUUGUCCUGAAAACUGUGCCUAACUACCAGAGGAUAGUAGUUUUUCGUCUGGGUCGAGUGUGCCCUCCCAAGGGCCCUGGUAUUGUUCUCGUGCUGCCCCUCAUUGACCAGUGGCAGAGAGUAGACCUGCGUACUCGUGCUUUCAACAUCCCUCCUUGCCAGGUGACUACACAGGAUGGCGGUGUGUUAUCAGUGGGAGCAGACAUUCAAUUUAGGAUCUGGAACCCUGUCAUGUCAGUAGUAUCAGUCCAGGACCUUAAUGCCUCCACCAGGAUGACGGCACAGAAUGCUUUGACCCACAGCCUGGCCAGGAAGACUGCAAGGGAGAUCCAAACUGAGAGAGUUAAAUUGGGAGAAUAUCUCGGGAUGGAUAUAAAUGAGUUGACUCGGCACUGGGGGCUGGAGGUGGAUAGGGUGGAGCUUACCCUGGGCUCUCUACUGAAAGCUCCAGAUGAUGGCACCUCUGGACCCCUCAUCAUGCCUCCCUCUGUGCCUGGACUGGAAGGCCUCACUGGCCCCAUUCAGCAGUUGGCCAUGCACUUUCUGGGCCACAGUGCCAGUUCACAGCAUAAACAAGACAGCAUAACUUUUACAGAUGAGCUCAGCAGUGUACCCCACGUUGUUGUGGCCACACCAGGUUCUGUUGAAGAGCUGCUCGAUGCGGUCAAGCUCCUGCUCUCUGAAACUUUGGUCUGCCAGAUUGGGGCCAGCUUCCAGUUUGACAUAAGUUCUGAAAAUGGACAGAAUCGCACUUACUAUGUGGAUUUGAGCCAAGGUAGUGGUGCAGCUGGAGCAGGAACCUUGUACAGAGAACCAGAUGUGACACUGAGUAUGAGUGAUAUGGACCUUCUGGCCUUGUUCCAGGGUGAGCUACGGCCGUUUGCCGCUUACACCAGUGGCAGACUUAAAAUCCAGGGAGAUAUUAAGACUGCCAUGAAGUUGGAAGAACUCAUAAAACUCCUUAAGAAAUAGUGAUCACAGUAGCAUUUCUAAAUAUUUAUUAAAUCCUUAAUAAUGUUAAAUCCUUAAAGUGUAAAGUGAAAGUUUUCUUAAUGUAUGUACUGUAAUAUAAACUGAAUAAACUGAAUUUUCUCUCACACAAAU